UGCGACUAACCAGCAUAUGGCAAAAUCUCCUGUCACUCGUAAAUAUGAAUAAUACAGUUGCAAUUUUUUUCAAAAAUAAAAUAAAGUAAUAUAUUCGAUUAGUAAAAAUGAUUGCUGUGCACUCAGUUUUCAAACCCGGAAGUAGUAUGUUUAAGAAUCAUUUUUGUCAAAAUUUAUUUUACUCAAAUUUUUCAUGGAAGAAAUUGAAGAGAUUUUUAAGAAACCCUAAAAUUAGGAAACUUUUAGUAACAUGCUUUCUGUUAAUGUUAAUAUUACUUUACAUUUUUGGUGUUAAACUUCCGCACGAAAAAAGCAUAAAGGCGGAACAAGUGACCUUACAAAUAAUGUCAGUUAUGGGAACGAGAUUGACUGCAGUACGACUACUGCCAGACAAAAAUACUACGCGAUUACAACCAAAUUUUCAUUGCAAUGAUGAUUUAUUCUCAAUAAUCUUAAUCAAAUCAACUCCAGACAAGUACUGGAAACGGCAGUUGAUUCGAAACACAUGGUUUAAAUUAUUUUCAAAAUUGAACGAAAACGUGAAAGCCUUCUUCUUUGUUGGAAUUCCUGCAGGAAAGGAAAUCUCAUUGAAUCUCAUGUCAGAAUCCGACAACUUUGGUGACAUAAUUAUCGAGGAGUUGGACGAACAUCACUAUUUGCAAACGUUAAAAUCGUUACGAAUGCUAAAAUGGUUCAACUCUUCCAAUUCUUGUUUGAAUUCUCGUUUCCUCAUUAAGACGGACGACGACAGCUUUCUCCACGUUCCCAACAUUGUAAAUCACAUCAACUCGGUGGCGAACGCUUGGGUGAACUACAUCGGAGGGGAGCUUCACCUGACCGACGGUGUAACCUCUGACCCCGACUCCGAACAAUUUACCCCGGCAGAUUGGUAUUCCGAAGCCACUUACCCUCCCUUCGUCACUGGACCCCUCGUGGUCAUUUGUUCGGAAGUAGUUCCGCUUCUGCUCUCCGCUAGUCUCAAACUUCCCUUUUUCCACAACUUGGACGACGUCUUCAUCAGUGGAAUUUUGGCUUUCGACCAACUGCAAAUUGUUCCAAACAACAUUCCUCGAAUUGAGUCAAAUAACUGGCAAUUGGUUGUGAGGCUCAAAAUGGCUCUCAGUUUGCGAGACUUGGCUAAAACAAAUUUGGCCUUUUACUGCGCUGGCGAACCUGAUUUCAUUGAGGAAUUGUAUAACCAAGCAAUUGCAUAGUUCUUAUUUGUGAGUAUUUAACAGAGUAUUGACAAAACUUUAAGCAUUCAACAUGAAUAAACGUUCUCUUUUUGCAUGCUCAUA